AUGUUCGAGAAAUCAGUAGAGGUCCCCUUCGAUGAAAUGCUGGACUCGUUCGUGCCCGGAGAGGACCCUGGUGAGAUUCCGUUCGCAGCGCUGUUCAACGAUAUCCCGCAGGUUGGGGACGGGGAAGCUGAUACGUUCCGCACUCUGGCCGACGCCAUCAAUGAAGCUGGCAUCUUGGAGGGAUUCGUCUUCGUAACCACAAAAGCCGAUGACGAUGCAUCUGGCGAUACUCAACAGACCAGCCAUGGGGGCAUGUAUGCCAAAGACUCCGCCCCCACCCUCGGCGGCCAAGCGGACUGGUCCACGAUCGAACUUUCUGUUGUGUGCAAGGUCGAUGUCCAUGACGAUCCAUUCGACGACAGCACGGAGCAUGAGGACUCCUCUUGGAGCAGGCGAAAAGCUGUCCUCCAGCAGAUCUUGUCCUGCGGGACUCUCGUCUUCGAUCGCCAAUACCGCACCCACCACUAUACCAUCAUCGUAUUCGGCACCUGCGCUCGCGUCGUCCGAUUAGACCGUGCUGGCGCUAUCUUCACGGAAAAGUUCGACUACUCGGCGGAGCCUGCCAAGCUGGCGAUGUUCCUCUGGCGGUUCUCGCGUCUCUCCGCCGCUCAAAGGGGCCACGAUCCAACUGCGUCUCUAGUCCUUCCCGGGACCCCCGACUACGAUUUGAUGAUGGCUUGCGGCUCGACUCCCAGCCGUACCGGAGAUUACGCACGCCUACUCUUCCAGGAAACUCUCGUCGGUGACUGGCCUUGGUGGCGGAUCACAGUCGAGGACGCCGGGGGCCCUCGCGACUUCCUGGUCGGGAAGCCUACGUUCGUUGCUUCCGGACUGGUUGGCAGGGGCACCAGAGGCUACGUGGCUCUUGACCUGUGCAAUCCGGAUCAUCCUAUCGUGUUCCUCAAGGACUGCUGGCGAGUCGUUCACGAGCAGACGGAGACGGAAGGUGCAAUCCUCUCGUAUCUCAACGGGUGCGGCGUGAGGAGCAUUCCGACUAGGAUUUGCGACGGCGACGUUGGUGGGCAAGAGACCGUCUUGCAAGACGUAUGGAGAGCCAAGCACGCAGGAGUACAAUGCCGUAUGAAGCACCACAGGCACUACCGCCUCGUCGUGAAAGAGGUUGGAAUCCCCCUGCGCGAGUUCAAGAAUGGAAAACAACUAGUGUCUAUAUUCCUCGAUUGUUUAGAAGCUCAUGAGGACGCCUACCUGAAGGCGGGAGUGAUCCACCGAGACAUCAGCUGUGGUAACCUCCUCAUGCUGCCUAGGGAGGAGUCGGAUGGAAAAACUAUCUACGAGGGGCUCCUCAUCGACUGGGAGUUGUCGAAGCGCGUCGACCAAGGAAGCGAAACCUUGACCGACCCUGAUCGACCGGGGACCUGGCAAUUCAUGUCCGUCAACGCUUUAAACAAUCCUACCAAGCCGAUCCUCAUCUCAGACGACCUUGAGUCGUUCUUCCAUGCCAUGCUCUGGUUCGCCAUCCGGUGGCUCCCGCACAACUGCGAUGAUGUCUACAAGUUUAUCUUCGAGUACUUCGACACCGGGCGUACCUCCAACGGCAAGGACUACUACUGCGGCGUGGUCAAGCAGAGCACGCUCAACGGCAGCAGGGGGCUUCGCACGAACCCGAUAACUCCUUUGCAGUUUUUCCGUCGCUAUCCGCAGAAGCCAACCACGGAGGCUCCUGCUAUGGGACAGCUCCCUAGCCUGGGGGAUCCCACCUCACACUCAAGCGAAGCGUCAUCUACACCCGUGGAAGCGUUGCGGACAUGGUUUACGGCCGACCUCCAUCCCAUCGACGCCAUAUUCACCGAGCUCCUCAGUUGGUUCCGGGCGUACUACCAACUACCCGACCUCAAGCCUGCGCGUUCGCCGAUACUCCACCUCAAGGAGCCUACCAAUGCUCGCGACCGCAGGCGCUUCGAGCAGUACCAGCGGAGCCUCCCGAGCGCCUCUCAGUUGGCGACUAGGACAGAGUUGUUCCAGCAGUACCGUGCGGCGGUGGAGCGGCGCGCGAAGAAGCUCGAGAGUCACAGAGCCAUGGCCAAUUUGCUGUUCGAGUGGCUCUGUGCCGUCGAUGAGAUUUGGCCGGAGGAUGACAAGCAGCCGGAUCAGCUCCUGCAACAUUCCGACCCCGAGGCGGACGACGAGAAUACGACGGAGAGGCCGGCGAAAAGGUCGUCCAAGCGCAGUGCGCUGCAUGAAGGUUCCUGCGAGGAUUCUGCGCUCAAACGGCUACGCACCACGCCCGCAGCGCAAACGUGA